AGAAAAGGUCGUGACACACUUCCUGGAAUAUUGCAUAGAUAUAUGAACGUUGAGGAUCCAGCUUACUGAUAGUUUAGGCAGCUACAUGAUUAUGAAGACACCAAGAAACACUCAAUCAGAGCUGCAAUCACAGACCCGGAUGCAAUGCAAGGUUAGGUGUAAAACGUGAAGAUACAGACCAAAGGCAUCAGCACACUUGAUACUCUUUCACUAGCUUUACCUCAAGAUGGUUAUAAGGUCCUUUUUUACUGCAGUUGUCAUUGUGACAGGGUAUCUGGUGGCGACAACAAAAAGCAUCGGGUCGAAUCCAGUUGCAUUCACCACUGUUGCCACAUCUACUGUCAGCUCUGCGGUCAGCCAUGCUCAGCAGAUUAAUACUGCACAAAACAGUGUGACGACGACGACUACGGCCCCUAAAAGCAUCAGUGCAGCGUUAGCUACAACGCCUACACUUAUUGCGAAUUCCGAGUCACCCACAACGACAAAUGUAACCGUAACCAAGAGUACUUUAGACACUUCUUCGAGGCCUGCCACAGACAAAAGUUCCAGUGGUACAGAAAACGAUAGCGGCACAAAAACGGAUCAUGUUACAGUGGGGGGCAAUCGUUCUAUCUCUCUCGGUACCUCUGAGCCAACAGCUCCAUCCCCAGCAGCAUCUGAUUGCCCACCAAAUGGUACAAGUAACGACCCAAAAUGCAAGACUACAAGCACAAUCCCCAGUACAAGUAACGAUAACAGAACGGGAACGACCAGGGCUUUGACCAAUUUGACACUAUUGUCCGAGACCAGAGGAAGACCGACCACGCCGAUCGUGAAGAAUCUCCAGCAACAGCAGUUAACAGAUUACGAACACGCUGUUAUUGGGUUAGCUGUCACAUUGGCGGUUAUUAUGAUCGCUGCAGUCGGCAUGGUCAUCCACAAGUGUCGCCGUUCAAACAUGUACGGAGUUUUAUACCCAGAAGAAGGGUCAAAAAGUCUGCGAGGGCAGUACGCGAGAUUCUACGAUGACACUAUCCUGUAAAUGGGCCAAUAUGGUAACGGGGAAACACCUACGUGGAAAACUGCGAUGUGUGGUGUUGGGGAAAAAUCAUCUGCAAGGGUCAGUAAAAAAGCACCUAUGGGACGAGCAUAUCAAAAGACGUUUGGGGAGCACAUAGACUACAUGAAAUUAGGAAGUUUAAUCUGUGGACUAUCAUAUUUCAAGCCUGCCUAAUAACCUUUCCAGAACAUUUGUACAUGGCAUGAAUGCAUAUUUACGAUAUGCCUUCCAAUGAACUUGUGUUGAAUAUUUACUGUAACAGUUGAAUCUCUUAUCAAAACGAGGGGGUCAUAAAUGUGUUUGUGUGUGUGCGUGUGGAGUAAAAUAAAGUCAAACAAGGAAAUAUAACCCAAAUUUUAAAAAAAUGCGUGACUAAGCCCAUAUAUUUUGGUACAAAUGCCUCUAUAAAUAUUAAAGUUAAAAGAGGUUAGUAUAUUGAUUUUUUUGUUGCAGUGCACUCCUUUUUGUUUCUUUUCUCGUUUUUUACUAGUAUGUGCAUAUAAUUAGUAAAACGUCUUUUAUUUAGACAUUGCAAGAUAGGUUUGUUUUCUAGUGAAAAUUAAACAUAUACACAUCCAUUAAUCAAACUUAGUUGUGAGUAUAAAUUAAUUUCUAGGAAUAAUGUUCAGUACUUAAAAUUUUAACUCGUAUCAACUUUUUACCCAAAUGAAUCCCAUGUGCUAAUACUAUAGAAAAAUGUGCCACCAAGGCAAUUUUUACAUCUUUUAAUGGCAGUUCCUCCAGGGCACCAGUAUAAUUGUUUUUCAAUUUUUUAGCCUCUUCUAUAUCAUUUGUUUGUAGAAUAUCUCUUGCCAGACAACUGAAGGCUUUAAUAUCUUAUCUGGUUUUUAAAUUUAAAUUUCAAUUGUUUAAGCAAUCACAUACUAUUAUUAUUGUCUAUGAAACUAUUGCAUUAAUACAUGGGGACAUGAAAAGUUAUUACAAUAUUAUUGACUUAUCUGAUUCAUUAUCCAAGAUUUUAUUCAAACAAGAAUAGAAAUAGAAUUAAAUGAAAAUAAUUUGCUAGCAGUCAUUUCUCAUCCCAUGUAAUAACAAGUAUGAUAACCAGGUACAGUUAAACAAGAAAUCUUAAUAAACAGAGAUAUUUUGUCCAUACAGGAAUUUUAUUCUUUUUACAUGGACUGUGUUUUUUAAAAUCACAAAUGCAUUUAAAUAAAGACAUAAACAUCUUCAA